AUGUCGAAUCUAAAAAUGAAAGAAGCAGCCCUUAUCUAUCUUGACAGAAGUGGAGGCCUCCAAAAGUUUAUAGACGACUGCAAGUACUACAAUGAUUCAAAACAAAGUUAUGCUGUCUAUCGAUUCAAUAUUUUGAUAAAUCCCUCUGAUGUUGUUGAAUUGGAUGCUGAACUUGGAAAUCACAUUUUACACCAUCCUUUAAAAGCUGCACAAGUUUUUCAAUCAGUCUGUUUUAUUGCUAUUAAGACUCUCUCAUUAAUUGGACAAUUGCAGACUGAAACUCAAAUUAAUAUAGUGCUGAAAUUAACACAUUUACCUCCUCUGCCAAGUUAUGGUCUUGAUCUUUGUGAGUUUCCACUUGAUUAUACAUCUCAGAGAUUUUAUAUGAUGCAAGGAAUUGUGAUUGCAAUGACAACUGUAACCAAGUAUUCACAAGGUGCAAGAUUUCUUUGUUCGGAUGAAGCAUGUCCUCUUUCAAAGGGAUUUCAGUAUAUAAGAGUACACAUGCCUGGUGCUACAGAAUCAUCAACAGUAAGAAAUGACUUUUUGUGUAAUCUUUGUUCAUCUUCACUUCAAGAAGACAGAAAAUUUAGAGUACUUGGUGAUAAACAGAUAGUUGAAAUAAUUACCACUAAAGUUCUUCAUGCUUUUCAAGGAUAUAUUAAAAACCAGCCAUUUAGGUUUCAAUCUCUUACAAUUUUUCUGAGAGAUGAAUUAGUAAACAAGAUGAAAAUGGGAAAUGAAUAUAAAAUUGUUGGAAUUCCAGUCUGUGUUAAAACCUCACAAACUUCUGUUUGUAUAGAAGCAAAUAGCAUCACUCUUUGUAAUCCAAAAGUCUUCACUGAAGAUUUUAAUAUUUCAAACAUGAAGAAUAUAGGAGCAGAAAUACAGGAGCCCCAUGAUCUGCUUGUUUACAAGGUUUUAAAAGAAGAACUUUUGAAUUUUAGCAUAAACCUUGCUCCCCGUGGUAUUCGUCAUCCUGUCUCUACUGAAAUUUUUCCUACUCUAUCCAAAAAUAAAUAUGGAACUGGAGCAGUUAGCAUUCAGGCAGGCAGUGCUUUGCUAGCUAAAGGUGGUAUCUGCUUUAUAGGAGACAUAGCUUCUCACAAAAAAGAUAAACUCGAACAACUUCAAUCAGUUCUGGAGAACAGAAGUAUUACAGUAUACAUUCCAGGAAAGAAGUUUGGGGAUGAUGCUGAUCAGCAAAUGACUUUUCCAGUUCAGUGCAGUUUUUGGUCUUUUGUUGAUAUGGAUUCAUCUUCCAGGAGAAAUGCACAGAAACCCAACACUCUAAUUGGUCAAAUGGAUUGCAGUUUGAUUCCAACUAACCUUGUAGACGCAUUUGGAUUAUUGAUAAACUGCAAUGAAUCAUCUCCUUGCCACCAACUUCUUCCUUCUGUGAAACAUGCUUUAAAGAAAGCUAUUGAUCCUGAAGGACUACUUUAUUUAGCUUCUAAACAGUUCACAACUGAAGAUUUUGAAAAGCUACUGGUUUUUGCAAAGAAUUUGAAUAUAGAAUUCAGCUUGGAGGCAGAAAGAAUGAUUCAUGGAUAUUAUCUAUCAAGUCGCAGAAUCAGAACGGACUCUAUAUAUGGAUCAAAAUUGUCAGCAUCUGCAUUAAAAUAUUUGUAGAUGGUUUCUCUACUUCAGGCAAACUGUCUGGCUUCCUACAAAAUGAAGGUAGGUAGUGAAACCAGUGUGGGAGCAGCCAUCUUAUUAUUUGUCACACUAUAUUUUUUUCUUCAUUUAGGGGCCACUGUAUUUUGUGUUGCUCCAAAUGCAUUAUUCCCAUUUGAACUGUAUAAUGAAGAGUAUUUAGAGAAAAGGGAUCUCUACCUCACUCAAUGCCAGCAACAGCUCCAACAGUUCAUUGCCACAUGUGGACCUGGGACAGCUAUUUUCUCUAGUGAUGAAUAAGCAGAGAAAAAAAUUUUCAUUCCUAUUAUAAACAAUGGAUAGUUUUUAGUCUAGAGUGAUUUUGAAUGUUUUAGAUAAUAUACAGUAGUAUCUGGAUGUGUAAAUGUACAAAAUUAACUAAAAGGAUACACACAAUUCAAACUUAAAAAAAAAAUCUCAGCUGGGUAUAGUGGCUCAUUCCUACUGUAAUUCUAGCUACUACAAAGGCUGACAUUAAGACUGCAAUUCCAGGGCAAAAAAUGUAUGACUCUAUUUCAAAAACCAGAGCAAGUCAAGCAAUGGUGGCUCAUGCCUGUAAUCCUAGCUACUCAGGAGUCAGUAAAGUCCAAGAGAUUAUAUACACAGGCACAGCAAAAAGGGACUGGUGGCUUAGCUCUAGUGAUAGAGCAUGAAUUUGUGUUCAAACCCUAGUACUUACAAAAUUUGUGAUUCCAGUUAUCAGUGAAAAUGAAAAAUCCUAGUUGUCACAAGAUGGCAAUAAAACUACCUAUAUACUUUUUCUUGCCAAAUUGAUGUUAUUGUAUUUACAUAGUCUGAAGCUUAAAAUGCUUUUAUAGUUUAAGUCCUAAAUGGAGUCAGGGAAGCCUUGAAAUUGCCCAUGUUGAUUGACUCUAAGUAGCUACAAGAGUCCAAAAGGCAAGAGACCGACUUGCAAAAUCAGUUAUAGAUGGGAUCUUACUGUUGCCAAGGGUAGAACUCCUUGGUUUAAAUCAUCUUCUUGCCUCCAAAUCUCAUCCCAACUAGCUAGACUACAGUAGUGUACCAGAAAACCUAGCUUCUAGUCUUCAUUAAUGUAUCAGUUUCAAAAAUGCUUCAAAGAAACCAAAACAUACUCCCUACAAAUCAUUCACUAUUAUAAAGAACCUACUGGUACUGGAUUGUAAAACUAUACCAAGGCUUAUUCUAAAGCUGGCUCUGUAUAACCUUAAUGCUGUUCUAACAAAACAUGUAUGGAUCAAAAUUCAAUUGCUAAUUAGAGUUGAAAUCCUUCUUGUCACUAUCCUUUCACUUUUCUAGCUCCCUGGGGUAAUGGUAAAACAGUGCUAUCUCAUAAAAUCUAGAGUCUCUAGCUGAGUGCUGGUACUCAUACCUUUAUGCCUAGCU